AUGUUUGAGCUGCGGGUUGAGGAGGUGGAGGCGCUGCUGGGAGCGUGUGGGAACUUGAGGGUGUUCAGUGUGGCGGUUUUGUUGAGCGGUGGGUGGGAUGCCGUGCUAGAGGUGAUGAAGGGGAGGUUAGGGGGUGUAGAGGCCUUGGAGAUUGUCGGGGUACCGGGGGAUGAGUUUGUAGAGAAGUUGAAGGCGGGUGGGGUGGCGGGGUUGACGGAGGAGGUGUUGGGGAAGUUGGCCGAGGGUUCCAAGUUGAAGAGUGUGAAGACGAGUAUUUUAAGGACGAAUGCUGAGCAUUGGGUGCAAUAUCAAGGAUCAUGGGAGAAAAUGACUUGA